AAUUUUAUUAAAAUCUUCAUAAAUAGCAAAUUAAAAUGGUUUAAUCGACCAUUCUUGCUACUUUUAAUAGUAGUUAUUCUAAAUAUAAAAAUUUACAAUGGAUACCAAAGGCGCAGACUAUGAUGUCACAAUCGCGUUACUUUGUCUUCCAUGUGUUUCAUAGAUGUUCGUUUGUAUUUUCAGUGAAGAUUUAUUAGGUGAUGAUCUUGGUGAUCACAGUCUUACAGACUACAACUUAGGUAAUGAAGAGGAAGAAGAGCUUUUGGCCGAUGAUUACGACAAUAGUACGUCACAGAAUGUGCCUACAUCGGACGCCACGGCGUAUGUAGAAAGAGUUGAUAUUAGUCAACCAGCUUAUGCUUCAAAUCAUAGUAUAGAAUAUUCAGAGCCUGCCUCAUAUCCAGUAAUGGGUGAAAGUGAAUGUGUGGUACCUAACAUAACAACAGAAGUACCAGACACAAGACUACCGGAACAUUCCACAUAUGCCCCUUAUCCUGAAUCACGUGGAUAUGACUUAGAACAUGCUGUACCUCCACCUAUUCCAGCUGCUCCGGUCGAAUCUCCACAGAUUGUGCCUUCUGAAGUACCAAUAUCAAAUGUUGAUGACCUUGGUGCCCGAGAACGGUUCACAUCGGAGCGACCACCAGGAUCCCAGAGGACACCGCAAGUCAGAGAUAUACCUGACAGCUUAGACAAAGUGGUAGUGCCCCGGGGUGGUUUUACCGGGCGGGGGCGCAACUCUUGGCGCAAUCCGCACUACCGCACCCCGCAUCCUUACCGCAGAAACAACAUGCACAGGAACAAUUACGCAGCCCGACCGUCUUUUACACCGCAAGUGACAGUUUGGGCAAAUCAACCGAAAACAAUCAGACCGAACAUACCAGAAAUACGUUCUGAUAUACCGCCACCGAAGAUCGUACCAGAGGUGUCUCCGGAAAGACCAAUGUUACCACAAGAACCAUUGAGACCGGUCGAAAACCGCUUCCCACCCAGUUUCAAUCAAUUUAGACAGAAUGAUCCCAGACAGUUUGUUGCUAGACCGACUUUUGAACCGAGACCUGCCUUCCAGUACCAACCAAGUUACCCCAGGUUCCCUCCAAUCCGGGAGAUAGUUCCCAGCAGUGUAUCCCAUAUUCCUCAAGUGACGAUACACCAACAUCCAGCUAUGCCAAAGAUGGGACGGGAAGCUGAAGUCAGGAUGUUGCCGAUGCAGUUGCCACCAAAUAUUCCUCCGGGAGGACUUGCCGGCAAGAAAGUGUUGAUCAAUCCACACUUUAAAGGCAACUUCCAGCCACCAGUUGAAGGGCUCCCUACGUACAUACCGACAAGAAUACAUAAGAGUCCGCCGCUGAGCCCCACACUCGAGCAAAAAUUCGGUCCCAUCAAAGACAUAGAUGAUGCUGCGGAGAGGUUCAUAGCGGAACAAAGGAAUGCUUUAGCUCGUGCAGCCAGCAGGAAGUUACCGAGGAGAUCACCACAGAGGUAUAUAGAGAACACAACAAUAGAGAUAGAGAAUGAGUUGGCUCGUCGCAGUGAGGAUGAGGAGCUGCUCCGGAGACAGGAGGAGUUCAUCAACGCUAAUAGAGCUGGUCUGCGCAGACGGAUGCGGUCCCCCAGCCCCCCGGGCCGCCGCUCGCCCUCCCCGCGCCGCUCCCCGCCGCGCCGCCCCCGCACUGACGCACACGACGAGGAGAGUGAGUACAGACGUCGUCUGAGAGAGCAGGAGAGUCUGAGAGAGAGAGUUCUGCGCGCUAAAGAAGUGCGCAGGCGCAAGAACGCAGUCGCCUUGCAGAAGCAGGUAGAUGAUAAGGAACGUGAUAAAACAGAAAAAGACGAGACACCAGCUGAAGUAGAAACUAAACAAGAUGUACCAAAAGCAGACAUUGUCAAACCUGAAGUAGCAAAACCUGUGGAACCGGUUGACAAGCCGAGCAGCACUCAGCCGGACACCACCAGGUCACCAGACAAGGAGGUUAAGGUGCAGCCGGAGAUCAGGGAACGUUCCCCCGUGAGGCAGGAGAACCCUGAAGUUAAUUCUACUUGUGAGAACCUGACACCUCCCAGAGAAGAGUUGCCACUGAAGGAGAAGGUGCCAUCCCCCGAGCGCGCGCUGACCCCGCCCCUGCCGCCCGCUGCGGGGGCUGCGGGGGGCGCGGACCUGGCUGCGGGGGUGAGGGGAGGCAGUGAUGAUGAGCUCGACCUCAUCCUAGAUGACAUCGAUGGCAUCCUGUCCGAUGAUGAUGACACCGGACGCUUCAAAGAGACUGUGCAGUUGGAACAGCCGAAAGCACAGAAGAGUCAGGUAGACCUGCGCAGCAAGCUGGUGUCAAAGCCUGUGGAGCGUCCGCCCAGACAGAAGAUUGUCUUUGAACAUAAAGAGGAACGCAACAAGAAAGACAAGUCUCCGGUGCGCAGAACUGUUGUGACCAGCUCCACUAAAGCUGACGAACUGCAGGAAAAGAAAACUAAUAAGAUGAAGACAAAGAGUGAUGUCACAACUAAAUCUCGGACAAGGAUUAUAUUUAAUAAGAAAGAGACGGAGAAAGCUAAAGAUGAGGAGAAAUCAAACAAACCGUUCAGCAACCGACGAGUUAUUCUCCAGCGGAAAGCUGACCAGACAAUAUCUAUGGGGAUAUUCACACGCGCAGUGAGGACCGCGCUACAUGCACCUCAUCAUGAACCACAAGUUGAGUACGCGUCUGACUCUGACGAGAGCGCGGGGGGAGGGGCGGGGGGCGCGCCACCCCCACACUCACCCCCCACCCGCACCCCCCGCACCGCACGCACCGCCCACGUGCACAACCUGCCGCACGGCAUCACCGACACCCGCCUCAAGACCCUCGCCGGAGACCACGUCCAGAAUUUAAUAUUGGAUAAAGAAGAGCGUCGCGCGAAGUUAACAUUCAAAACGUCCGCAGCGGCUGACAGUUUUAAAAAGAAGUUCCACAACAAAAUGGUCGCGGCUAGCAGAUUAACAGUCACUUUGAGAUAGAUAUAGAAAUAUUGUCCAUGUAUACGGCAACUUGCUAAUAAGAAGGUCAAUGUUAAUAAAUUGUCACAAUAUCCUUGUCUGACUGUAGUUGUCCUGUGCUAGAUUUUGAGUGUUAUUUUCAAUGCCUAUGUACGUUUUACAUUUUUCCUGACAAACUAAUCGUGAUAAAAUCGCUACCCACUGGGAGAGAUGUGUGUUUUAUUCUAUAGAUUUAACUCGCACCUUUAUCACGUACUAAAGCUGAAAGCCACAGUGCAUAGGUUAUAAGAGAUUCGUAUAGAUUUUAAAAAAGAUUGAAUGUAAACAUUUAGUGACCAAUAGGAAGAUGUAGAAGUUUCUUAGCAAUAAAACAAAUACUAAAUUAAACCUACAAAUAUGUAAUCGAAUUUUCGUCCUAAUUAAUUGUAUUUUGCUUCAACGCAUUUUACAUUGUCAAUAAUAUUACCUGAACUUUAUCUUCGUAAGAUAUUGUAAUACAUAAGACACUACAUAAAUGUAUUUUGUAUGACAAACUAAAGAUACUACAGUGAAUGGAAAAUAUAUGUGAAAUUUGUCUGCGAGAACUUUGCGAAAUCAAUAGCUUAUAUUGAUGUCGUAGUCACGCAAAUACUGCGUCUUAAAAAUUAUGACAAUUCUUUGAAAAAUUAUCUAAAUGUUUGUCAAACUGUUUAUUGUAUUGUGUAGCACUUUUAGCUCUGUCACUGUAUCGUGAAACUAGGACCUAAAGGGUUUUCUAGAAUCUAAGUGAACCUAACGUAUUGUGACUUACCGCUGCUUACUCUUGUUAGAAGAUAUCUUCUUAGUAUUAAGAAUGUUUGCGUGUGGUAAGAAAACCAUUAAUAUAAUAUAACUUGGCAUGUUAUAAACUUUAAAAUGUUGACGUGGAACUCAGACUCACAAUAGCAAAUUUUAAAAACAGACUUUUAAAUAUUAAACAUAAUUGUGAUUCAAAAACAACAGGCAUUUAAAAUUCGACAAUACAUAUAUAGAAUUUGCGUAACGUAUUUUGUAAUUAUGAGCAAAACUAACAAAAGUCAUAUUUUUUACAAACUAAUACUACGUUAGAAACAUGUUUAUAUUGUCCCUUAGAUUGAAUGUCAUAUUAUCUCCGAUAUUUAUAUGUUAGAUUAAAUUUUCCUGUCUACUUUAAAAUUGUAUUUUUACUUGUUUAUUACGCAAGACAAUUUUAUGUCAUGUAUUUUGUCGUUUUUAUUUUAUUCUGCUUUGUUUUAUUAUUAGGGAAAUUACUCUAAGAAUGAAUUGUAAUUUGAUUCAAAGUUGAAAGUUCUAUUUUAAAAAUUAACUAAAGUAUUUCGAUAGAUCGUCAAUUGUUUGUUCCCCUUUUUAUCUUAUUCGAUAUUUAAAACUCGAGAAAACUGUUAUAAAAAUGAAGUAUCCUGUUUUUGAUGUUCGUAUGUAUGUUUCGUCGUUAUGUAUUUUACAUUUAACUUAUAAUUCUUGAUAAGACUUGAUUAGUUCUCAGAAUUGUAUCUUAAAAUAUAAGAAAACUAUAAUCUACUAAACUCUUUCAAAUAUCAUUAGCUUAUUCCAUUUGUAAAACAUAUAUCGUGUAGAAACAAAAUAAGUAAUAUGCGACUUUGU